GAACAAAGCCACCGUCACGUGACCCGCUUCCAGUCGCUGACUCUCGCUGGAGAAGGAGGAGAAGCGGCGACAUGGUGGCGGCCAAGCGGGCGCUCCCGCGGCUGGUGGCUUCGCUGCGGCCGCUCAGCUCCACAGCAGCUGGUACGCUUCCCAAAUAUGUGAAAAUAGUUGAGGUCGGUCCAAGAGAUGGCUUGCAAAAUGAAAAGAACAUCGUCCCCACCCAUGUGAAAAUUGACUUAAUCAACAUGCUGUCGGAAACGGGUCUUUCGGUCAUAGAAGCUACCAGCUUUGUGUCUCCCAAAUGGAUUCCUCAGAUGGCUGAUCAUACUGAAGUCAUGCAAGGGAUUCGGAAGGUUCCUGGGAUCAGCUACCCGGUUUUGACUCCCAACCUCAAAGGCUUCCAAGCAGCGGUGGCAGCAGGAGCGAAGGAGGUGUCAAUCUUCGGGGCAGCAUCAGAACUUUUCACAAAGAAGAACAUCAACUGUUCCAUUGAGGAGAGUUUGGACAGAUUCAGUGACGUCCUGAGUGCAGCUAAAGAAACCAGUAUCCCGGUCCGAGGGUAUGUCUCCUGUGUCCUUGGCUGCCCAUAUGAAGGCAAGAUUUCUCCUGCUAAAGUAGCAGAAGUUUCAAAAAGAAUGUAUGCCAUGGGGUGCUACGAGAUUUCCCUUGGUGAUACCAUUGGCGUUGGGACCCCCGGCAACAUGAAGGACAUGCUCUCUGCUGUCAUGAAGGAGGUUCCUCUUGGAGCCCUGGCUGUUCACUGCCAUGACACUUACGGGCAGGCACUCGCCAACACGCUGGUAGCGCUUCAGAUGGGCGUGAAUGUGGUUGAUUCCUCAGUCGCUGGCCUUGGCGGCUGUCCCUAUGCCCAAGGAGCAUCUGGGAAUGUGGCCACAGAAGACAUGGUGUACAUGCUCAACGGUCUUGGCAUCCACACUGGUGUGGACCUCACGAAACUUCUAGACGCAGGAACCUUUAUUUGCAAGGCGUUGAACAGGAGGACCAAUUCGAAAGUGGCACAGGCCUCCUGCAAACUGUGAAGCAGAGCAGCGCCUUUACGGGACUUGUUGGAAGCAAAACUACAAGCGACACUCUGGAAUCUGCCAUGUUUGCACUUGGUCUCCUCUCCUAACUUUAUUUAAGCACUCUCCGGACUCGACGGCAGGAAGAUGAGUCAGCCAAAUUUUACCCUGAAAAGAGACAUUAAAAAAAGUAGUCUAAAGCAC